AUGUUUAUUUCUAUUGAAACUUCGCUUCUCUCUUGGUCGGUCUUGUUCAGAAACGCACGAAUUAUGGAAUUGUCUCAGUUGGUGAAGCAAUUCAAACGCAUAGCGCCACUCGCGCUUGCGGAAAGCUGGGAUAAUGUUGGACUUCUCGUGCAACCUCCCGGUAAAUUAGUGAUUAAAAAAGUAUUAUUAACGAAUGAUUUCACCGAACCCGUGAUGCAAGAAGCUCUGGAGGCCAACGUCAACAUGGUGCUAACAUAUCACCCAUUGAUAUUUUCGGGUCUGAAGCGUAUAACUAUGGAUGAUUGGAAGACUGAGAUUGUGAGCACGUGCUUGCGAAACAAUAUUGCUGUGUAUUCUCCUCAUACGACUUGGGACAGUUUCCGCGGUGGUGCUUCAGACUGGCUCUUGGACGCGUUUAAGAAAAUUGGGUAUGCGGAGAGUUAUCCCUUGAAGCCUAGUUCCUCCGAAGAUUGUAAAAUAACGUUUAUUGCUGGGAACAAGCCACGGGAAUUGCAGUCGCCGACUUCUGGGGUCGAAGGAGAAGGAGCCCAUUUUGAAGUCAAUUCUGAUUCAACCCAGCUGAAAUGCAGAAAAGUGGAUGCGUUUCCAGCGAUAUCUGCCGCACUUCGAACAGGCUUCCAGGUUUCGAACGUGGAAGAACCGGAUGCGUCAAAUGCGACUGGCGGAGGCCGAUGGUGCACGCUUAAAAAUCCCAUAAGUCUUAAAACUGCGGUUCAUUGCGUUAAAGAACAUUUGCAUCUUGAACAUGUUCGCGUUGCGAAAGCUGUUGGGAAACAAGGAACAGAAGAGACCGUUUCACGAGUCGGUGUUUGUUGUGGGUCCGGAGCGUCCACGUUACCGAAAGGAAAGCUGGACGUCUUUGUGACGGGGGAAAUGUCGCAUCAUGACGUAUUGGAUGCCAUUCAUACGGGAACUCACGUCAUCCUUUGUGAUCAUUCCAAUACUGAACGCGGAUUUCUGGAAAAAGCGAAACAAAUGUUGGAAGCGGUAGCGGAAGACGUGGAGUUCGCAAUUUCUGUCCGAGAUGCAGAUCCUUUGGUGAUUGUUUAA